AUGUCGUCGCCGUCGCAAUCGUCAGAACCUCCUGUCGCCGGGACACCGGUCGCUUCCACGCCCACCGCCCCAUCAUCCUCCUCACCCGACUCCUCCCAACCCGACAACUUCCCCCGCAUCCUCACCAACGACCCAGCACGAACAGGCUUCGACCCACAGACGGCAUGGUGGAUAAACUACUUCAAGAUCCUGACAGGGUCGAUGACCAAAGAAGGCGCCUUCCACUACCGGGAAUCGCGGUACCGGGAGCACGAAGCGCGGGACUGCGCGCGGUGCGAGGAGUUCCGGGACUGGGCGUUCGCGUACUCGCCGACGGUGCGGUUCCUGCACGAGAAGAUCAACGCGCUGAACGGGAACCUCGACGCCAGCAACGUCUCGUGCAAGCGGUGUCCGACGCGGCUAACGGAAGACGGAAAUGUGUACCGCUCGAGCGGCGGCUUCCACCCCAGCCACGGCAUCCUGAUCUGCGCGAACGAGGUCUCGAAUCGCCACCAUUUUGAGGAUAUCCUGUCUCAUGAGAUGGUGCAUGCUUGGGACCAUCUGAGGUGGAAGGUUGAUUUCAUGGCGGAGAAGGGGUUGAAGCAUGCGGCUUGUACGGAGAUUCGAGCGGCGAUGCUUAGCGGCGAGUGUAGAUGGACGAGAGAGGCGUGGAAGAGGGGGAAUUGGACGUUGACACAGCAAUUCCAGGACUGCGUACGGAAAAGAGCAGUACUAUCUCUCUUAGCUCGGCCGAAGUGUAAGGACGAUGUACAAGCAGUCAAAGUGGUGAAUCAAGUGUGGGAUUCAUGCUUCUCAGAUACUCGGCCAUUUGACGAAGUCUACAGAUAA